AGCUCCCGGCACGGUGGCGUACGGGCGAUGGGAGCCUGCUGGAGGAGGAGCUCGCGGUGCGGUGGCGUACGGCCGGCGAGAGCCUGCUGGAGGAGCUCGCGGCGCGGUGGCGCACGGCCGGUGGAGAAGCUCACCGGUGCGGUACAUGGUCUGAACAAGAUUAGAGAAGAGGAAAUAUCUGGAUGGUAACUUCACCUAUGCUCUACACAAGGUUAUCACAACAAUGUUGUACAGCAACCGAACACAAUCUUGUGCUAGCCUUGCUUACUUUGACCGAGCAACCAAGUACGAGCAAAUUGCAUUGCACUAGAUAGGCUUGAGUUGGCCUGGCUCCAGAUUCUAGCUGGCUAAAACAGACCCUAUAUGGCUGUCGAAUUUAUUUUUCCAUUUCGCUUGCCCAAAUGAUGCCUGCAGCUGCCGGCGCAGCAGGAGCCAGGAGGAGCACCCCCUCGAGCAGAGCACGCGGCCAUGGCCACGCGCCCACGCCUCGUGAGCUCGUGCUCCUUGAGCUCAGCAACAUGAGAGAAACGAGAAGCCCCAAAAUGGCAGAGCCGCGAAACCAGGUGGCGCGCGUCCAACCCCCAGGGAGCACGACGACCCGACAAGCGUAACCGCCGAAACCGCCGCCGCCCGUUCCAGCUCAUGCGCUCCCCGCCACAGGAUAACUAAGGGCCACCCGCACCGGACCGCGCCUCGCACGACUGCCCAUCGCGUCGACCGGUCGUCGGACACCUCGCCCGCGUCGCCGGCGUCGGGCGCGCGUCAAUGGUGGGCUUUGGCGCCAUUUACCCCGCCCCUGGCCGCCCCGCCGACGACGCCCGAAGCCUCCCGCCCUCCGCCGGCGCCACCACACCCGCCGACAGCACCCGGACCUCCUCGUCCUUCGAUGGCCGCGCCAGCUACGACGCUGGUCAGCAGCAGCACCCGCCGGCGCGCGCGCCGGGGCACUCGCUGGAGGUGCCGUCCCGGCGGCACAGGGCGGGGCGGCACGGCGGCGCGUCCCGGCCGGCGCGGCUGUUCCAGAAACUGCGGCACGCGCUCCCCGUCCUGACGACGCUGACGCCGCGGUGCGGGCGGCUGCAGGUCGGGACGCCGGCCGAGGUCGCGGCUGCCGGCGCCGCCGCGUCCUCGUCGUCGUCGGCCUCGUCAUCCUCUUGCUCCCGCCUGGUGCCCAAGGGCGCGUCCUUCUCGGGGGCCUCGCGGCCGUGCCGGCGCGUGACGGGGACGCUCUACGGCCACCGCCGGGGCCGCGUCGUGCUGGCGCUGCAGGAGACGCCGCGGUGCCUGCCGAGCCUCGUCGUCGAGCUCGCGCUCCAGACGCACGCGCUGCUCCGCGAGCUCGGCAACCCGGCCGGCGCGCGCAUCGUCCUGGAGACCGAGCGCCGCCCGGCCCCGGGGCCGGACGCCGACAGCGGCGGCGCGAGGCGGAAGCGCUACGCGCCGCCGCUGCUGGACGAGCCGGCGUGGACCAUGUUCUGCAACGGCAAGAAGACCGGGUACGCGGUUCGGCGCGAGGCCACGGACGACGACCUCACGGUGAUGGAGACGCUGCGGGCGGUGUCCAUGGGCGCCGGCGUGCUCCCCGGGACGAGGUGCUCAUCGCCGACGCCCGACGCGGCGGCGGCGGACGACGAGGUGCCGUACAUGCGCGGCUGCUUCGACCACGUCAUCGGCUCCCGGGACUCGGAGUCGCUGUACAUGAUCGCGCCCCAGGGCGGCGGCACGGGCCCCGAGCUCGCCGUCUUCUUCGUCCGGCUCUGACCCCCGGUCCGGCCGCCAUGGACGUGCGUUCAUUUGCAUGGCCACACACAUGCAAGAUCGAAGGGCAUCCAUCCAUUUAGCGCCCGUAAAGAAUUGACUCGUGCACCCUCAUAAUGACCUUGAGAUUGACUAAGAACCAAGAACAGAGUCGCCCAAAUUGCGAUUAGCGCGGUUAACUUUGAUUAAGCUCUAGUGGGGUGUACGUGAUUCAGUAUAGGUUGUGUGAGGUGUUCUUGGAUCUGUGCCCUGUGCAUCAUUGUCACAAUCUAUCAUCAUAUCUAGUGGAGUACGACAGAAAUAGUCACUGAAUGGUGGAAUUGUGGUCCAAAAAGUUGCUCUUUUCUGAAUUC